AUGCGCGUCAUUCCGCUGUCAAAAAGGCCGUAUCCGUGGGCUGUGUCAGUAAUUUGCAAGCGUAAUUUGUUUUUACAUAAAAUGUCCGCGAAUUCCUCUCCAGGAAAAAGCGAUGCUGAGGAUAGUAAUGGUGCCCCUAACCCGCCAAAUCCAAGUGAGCAUUUAGGUUCUCGGAUUCGUGAUUUGGAUGUAGAUACUAUUCGAAGGUAUUUUGCUCAAAAAUUCGGGUUCUAUGAGCCUAGCGAACCAACUGGUGGUGUCGAAAAGGUUUUACAUGAAGUCAGUUUAGAUGGUGUUGUUAAAUGGAUGAAUAGCCCGCGAUGCCAAAAUGUUAUUACAUUAGCUGGAGCUGGUAUAUCAACAUCUGCAGGUAUUCCUGACUUUAGAAGCCCCGAGACUGGUCUCUAUCACAAUUUGCAAAAAUAUAAUCUUCCAGAACCACAGGCAAUCUUUGAGAUAAACUUUUUCAGACAAAAUCCUAAACCAUUUUUCACACUAGCAAAGGAACUGUUUCCUGGAAAUUUCAAGCCAACAAUUUCACAUUAUUUCAUUAGGCUUUUGCAUGAAAAAGGUCUAUUGCUUCGUCACUACACACAAAAUAUUGACACAUUAGAAAGAGGCGCUGAGAUUCCUGAUGAUAAAAUCGUUGAGGCACAUGGCACAUUUUACACAUCACAUUGCUUGGAAUGCAGAAAAUUGUAUAGUCUAGAAUUUAUUAAAGAACACAUAUUUUCCGAUGAGAUCCCCUUGUGCACAGAAUGCAGUGGAGUAGUCAAACCAGAUAUAGUUUUCUUUGGAGAAAGUCUACCAGAACGAUUCCAGAAUUGUCUACAAGAAGAUUUUAAGAAAUGUGAUAUGCUAAUCAUUAUGGGAUCAUCCUUGGAAGUCCAGCCAUUUGCAUCGCUGAUUGAUAUGGUACCCGAAUGGUGUCCCCGUCUCCUAAUAAACCGAGAGAAAGCCGGUAUGAGGUCUCCCUUACUCCGGAUGUGGGGCCUGAUGAGUGGGGGACUUCAGCUUGAUGAUGAUGCUGUCAGGGAUGUGGCAAGGCUUGGUGAUUGCGAUGAAGGAUGUGCAGAUCUGGCUGAAAGACUUGGCUGGGGCGACGAGCUUCACGCGUUAGUUGCCAGCGAGCAUGAAAGGUUGGAACGCGAGGGCGCUCUCACUAAACCCCUUGGGCCAACAGUUGGCCACUCCUUGAAGCCGAUUAUUCCAAUCGUUCCAAGUGGUAGCUCUGCCAUUCCAAGUGUGGUGAAAUCGCCACCCAACAACCCAAUACCCAAAAUAUGA